GUUCUUUUGCACCGGUGACCAAUAUUUGCUCGUGUGACUGAUGUGGAGAGUGGGAGGGGAGGUGAGGGAAUGGAAGGAGAGAGCACUUACAUUCCUUCACUACCUACAUCAAUGCUCACGAAGUACAGUGACGUCUGAGUGGAAGGCAGCGUGAAUUCAAGCUCUCUCCUUAGCAUUGUGGUGUUUCAUUCAGCUUUUGGUGAUUGUUUGGCUUGUUGCACGGCAGGUCGGGUCGGGGCGCUGACCUGGCGUGGCCCUGUGUCGGUAUCCGUGAGGUGGGGUGGGAGGGCAAGCGCUACCUAAGCCUAAAUUUGCCGUGAAUCGAUUCCCUCAUGAUUAGGAGACACGCGACGUGGCGAGGCGAGGCGAGGCGAGGGGAGCACCGCACAGGUCUGAGGGGAGUGAGGGCGAGUGAGCGAGUCAGUCAGUACACACCGGUCGCUUCGCAGGGAACUGCACAUCACACGCUGCGCCAGCCUCGCCCACUCAGCCUCCACGACCCCCUCGUCUCUCCCCUGAACAGUGCACUUUCUGGCCUUUCUGUUCGUCUGCAGUGCGUAGCUGUAGACUUCCUGCCAGCUAGCUGCGGGACACGGCACAAGGCUGGGGCUGGGGCCAUGAGGGGCUGCUCCAAGUGAAGGAGACGUGAGCCGCGGCGUGUUUGUUUGGGUUAGCCGCCGGGCCCCGCCAAGCCGCUGUCCUACCACAACGCCCUGCCAAGCUGGUCGCUUGAGAGGCUGAGGGCUGCGAGGGCCGCCCAAGCACCACGCCACCGCCACCAUGCCCGCACAAACCAGCACGGGCAGGAGCCGCGCGCUGUCCACUGAGGUGUCCCCACCGGAGGAGUAUUUCCGAGGGGUGUCGCCGCUGUGCCGCCGCCUCUUGGACGACAUGAAGGCUGUGCGGGAGUCGUGGGGGGAGAACUGGCACCAACUGUCAUACCAACAGCAGUGCCGCGUGAUCGACCAGGCCAUCGUGGACGAGGCGACGGUGAGGCGGUACGAUGAGAGCAGCGGCGGCGUGGGCGAAGGAGGACCAGAGUGUGAGUACUUCCCCAAGCUGAAGCUGACGACGGGACAGAAGGUGGUGUGUGACGAGAACCUCACCGCUAGAGGCUUCUCGUGCAGUUGGCGGGACGAGCACUCGGCGCCCUUCUCGUGGCACACACGCUCCCAGAUGGACUUGACACUGGACACUCCCCCCGCCACGCCCACCCAUCCAGGCACGCCCGUGGAGACCCCGCCCACCACUGUAUCUGGAGAAGGGCGCGUUAUACCUGGCGGGCGCGCGGUGUACACUGCGAGGCCCGUGUCGCUGCCCAAGCCGCCCCGCUUCCGCUGGCACUACGACCCUCCCGACGACCCGCCCGACCCGCCCUCUGUGGUGGUGGCCGCGCCGCGCGCCUCCACGCUGCCGAGAGAGGUCACCACAGAGACCAAAAAGUCACCCACGUCCCUCAAAUACAUGCUGGUUCGCGGCCGUGGAGAGGACGGCGUGGGCGCGGGACUGCUAACAAGGAUUAGGGGCGCCGUGGUGGCACUCACGGCCACGUGUUUGCCGCUGCGUGCCUCGCCGGGCCAUGGUUCGCUAUUUUCCAGUCACCGUGACGGGGGAGGCAAAGAGGCUGACCUGAAGGCAUCUGACCUGCGAGGCAUCGGGUCUCGGCAGCAGCAGCAGCAGCAGCAGCACGGACGGUCCGGGGACCACACAGCUACCUCCACCCUCACCACCACCACCACCACCAACCUGACCCCCGGGGAGGGCGGUGAAGGAGACACCAGCACGCUGCCUUCACUCUCCAGGCUGUCCCCCGACCCCACUCUAGCUGGCUACGUGUGCUCGCUACCUGACGACGAUGACGACAUGCCCUAUACCGCCGCGCCCCGCCCGGCCCCUGCUGCUGCCCCCUGCGACUCCCUGCUGUUCGGCGCCACCUCACCACUCAAGCCCAAGAGCAGCUCCAAGACCACGCUCACGCCUUACUCUGCCUCGGACAGUGCAGCCUGCACCUCCCUGCCCACGCCCCUCCCCACGCCCACAUUGAGCGAGGAGCCUCCGUCAAGCACCGUUACUUUCUCACAGAUGAGCGACACUCCCUCGCCUCGCCCGCCGCUGGCCAAGGUGGAAGACACCCUCAGCUCAUUCUCCGAGCCUGACUCCACCCUGGACGCCCUGGACACGCCGAGGGAGGAGCAGCCACUGCUAGCGUCAGGGAGGGAGAGGGAGAUGAGCCUCACCAGCGACACGGAGGAGGUGUUCAAGUCUGUGCUGUCCAACAAUCGUGACAGCAACAUUCCCAAGACUGGCUUCGACUUCCUGGACAACUGGUAACAUGGAGAACACACGGAUUGCUACCACCAGCUUACUCUCUCUCUCUCUCUCUCUCUCUCUCUCUCUCAAGUAUAAAAGGACGACCAUUUGAAGUAUUAAACACACACACACACACACACACACACAGGUCGUUUCCGUGAGUGACUUUCAGCUUAAACGAUACAUUAGUAUGCAAACCAGACGAAUUGAUCCCGCUGUCACUCCUUCAUCAACGCAACACCGCAUGCACAUAAUAAAUACAUGUCGCCCUAAUGACUUCAUGCAAUACUGGUGUGGUAAUCUAAGGUUUAAAGAAUGGCAGAGAUCUUCGUUAGGUGUUCGGCAAAAGGUGGCGUGAAGGAGCACUGGAGUUUGAGUGCGAUGUAAACAAUUAAACUUUUUAGCUCUUUUUAGCUUGUCUCUUUUUCUACAAGUUAGUGUACGUCAUAAAAGUAUCUCCUAAGUAUUCUCUACGUAGUGUUAGUCGUCUUAAGGGAAAAAUGUUGACCGGCCAGAGCUACGGAGAGAAAGGAAACAAAAACGUACUGGAAAAAUGUCAGAGCGUUGUAGUUUCUCGAAUAAAACUUUCGCUUCCUGAGAGAAAAGAACGGCCAUGAUUGUAACUAAAACGAAGUCAUUGUAUUGUACGGGUUGUCCAGUUGUAGUUUGUCCAAAUCAAACAUUGGGAACAUUAUCGCUCACAAAAUUAAAAAGGAUAAUCAAACAAAAAGACACCCUGAAUUAAUGUGAACUGCGCUGACAUGUAUAGUGUUGUUCAACUUUUCAGUACGUGUAGGAAUAAUUUAGCUUGUGGCUAUGUAUGGUGUAUGUGCUGCUGUGGACACCCCGAGUGCAGACAGGCAGCAAAAUUAAGCUUGUGCGUCGCGUGUAUCGUUGUUAUGUAUGGUAUUAAGGUGUUGUGAGUGUGUCUGGCUCCACACGCGCGUAUCGUGAUGGACUGCUAGCGGUAAAUUGAAAAAAGAAAUCUCGACACUGCAUAUCAUGAUUCAUUCGUGCGAGAAUAAUGAGAACCAAACCCAAUUAUUGACAUUAGACAUAGUAAAUGGAAUGAGAAAGGUGCAUAAAGGGGCAAUAGUAUUCUAAAACAAUGCUUCAGUGAUUUCCUUUUUCCCCCAGGACAUUUGACGUAAUAAUGGAAACAGUAAAGAUGGUUUUCAUGGAAUGAGUUGGGUACAUAAUAGACAUUCUUAAACACUACAGCGUCUCAUCUCGAUUAUCUCUCUCUCUCUCUCUCUCUCCCCUGAGCAACAUCGGAAGUUACAGGAUGGGAUGGGACAGUAAUGGCGGCUUUCAUGAUUCAAGUGACAUUACAACAAGAAUCAAACACCAUGAUCGAGAAAAAAGAAACACCCAUAGAAAUCCGACCGAUCACUCAUUAUAUGGCCUUUGAUAACAACUAAAAUCCUAGUGAAAGCUCAGUGUUUCUUUCAGAUGGGCCAAGAACAUGGAAAUGGAAGUCAACUGGAGUAUUUUGAAGACUGACAAUUAAUCCUUUCACAGCUAAACAUGUUUCCCAAACAUCUAUAACUAUUCACAUUCUUAUUAUUUAUACAACAGUCUUUAAGAAAUGCUACCUUGAAAGUGAGAUUAAUUAUUCCAUUGCCCAUUAACCCAUUCAGUACUGGGACUCAUUUUUAUCUUGAGUUUUGGGCACAAUUAGACAAAUUUAUUUACAUUAGGAAGGGUCUAUGGAGGUCAGAAGAUUAAUGGCCAGAGUCUUAACUAUUUUUAUUCUUCCACAAGUUUCUGAGCCUGUAUAAGUCACCAAAUUGUAACCUGAAUACAUAUGAAAAUGAAUCAUGUCACUGAAGGGGUUAAAAUAACUAGUAUUGUUUUAUUACAUGAUAGUAAUUCUCAAUGGUACUCUGAAUAUCAGCAAGGGACACUCAUAGCAGUAAAAGGAUUAAUGAACAGUCUUUACCAGUCUAUAGUAUUCCAGGACAAUUAUUACAACUCACCUGCUACUGGAAUGCUGGGGUGUUGAGGUGUGACAUGGAGCUGUGGCACUACAGGCAUCACUAAGUUCAAAGGCUCCUUCUGAUCUUGCUGCCCAUAUUAGCCUGAACUGCUCUGGUAAUGUGGGGCUGAGUGGAGUGUUAAGGCUCAGGUGUGGCAAGAGGUAUUGGGAGUUUCUCUUGCUCUAUAAGUCAGCCUGAACUGCACUGGUGACCUGGGACUGAAUUGAUACUAGCUAUUUAGUUUAUAUUAACCCUCAGUAUGUGAACAAAGUGACUGGAAGUAAAAUGUGAACCCUCA